AUGUCGUCCUCUGUGAUUGCCUACUCGGCCAACCUCCAAACCCAGUCGCGACUGGUCCAAUUACCACAAGAAAUCAAAGACCUCGUCUUCCAUCGGUGCUUCACCGCCGAUGGCGCCAUCGUCGAGCCAAUACCCAGUAGUGGAUCUGCAAAGAGCGAUGUCCCUCGCAGGAUGGGUGUGAAUCUGUUGCAGACCUGCCGCAGACUCUACCAUGAGACAGAUCGCCGAUCCCUGUUCACCCAGAAUACUUUCCGUUUCAGCACCGUCGACCGUAUGAGCACCUACCUGGCGUCGCUCAGUCCUGUCCACAGCGCCUGUAUCCGCCAUGUCGAGAUCGACGCCCAAAGUCUUCACUCCAACCAUCCAGGAGUAGCUCGUGAAUGGCUGCAGUACUUGUCAUGGGGCAACGGCCACUGGGACAAGUCUCCCGGUUCUCUGCGCGCAGACGCUCCCGGACUGAAGUGUCUUCGGUUGAACUUCGAGUCGUGGCCCAGGAUCGCCAUGAAGAGGGUUGAGCUCUGGAACCAGCUGAGGAACAUGCUGGCCAAGAUCGAGGGUCUCGAGCGAGUAGUCGUGAUCGGUGCCAGCAAGGGCGCUGCAAUGGCCAAGCGAGCACCAUUCUCCCCAGUUCACUAUGUAGGAGGCGACGAUGUCGGUGUUGAUGAUUUGGUCCCUCGCAUGUGGUCUACUGUCGGCGCAUCAGACAGAUCCAAGAUCGUAAGGUGGACCCGCGUUGACGGCAAGCUGGAGCUGGAAGUCGUGUCGAUUUCCUAUUUGUUGAAAAGUGUCGACCCUUACUGGUAUGGUCCUUCAGUGAGGAAAAGCCACACAGACCCGUGGCCAGAGAAUGGUUCGUGCACCCUCGAUGAAAGCACCUUUACCGCCUCCGGUCAAUGUCACAAAAACGCCGCCCCAAGCAGCUAUAACCAAGACGAUCGUGAGAGUGAGAUGUCCUUGCCAUGA